AUGUCUGACGCCCCCGCCGCCCCUGUCACCGAGAACGGCGUGUCUCCGGCUGCGCAAGAGUCGGUCGUCGAGGAGACUCCCGGCUUCAAGGUCUUCGCCGGCAACCUUGCGUACUCUACCACGGAUGAAGGGCUGAAGGCGUUCUUCGCGCCUGUCCAGAGCGACGUUCUGUCUGCUCAGGUCAUCAUGCGCGGCGGCAACCGUUCCGCAGGCUACGGCUUCGUCUCGUUCACCACCGCGGAGGCUGCUCAGAAGGCCGUCGAGCUGCUCGACAAGAAGGAGCUCGACGGCCGCACCGUGAUCGUUGAGGUUGCCAAGCCUGCCGAUCAGAAGGACAAAGAGAAGAAGCAGAAGCGCGUCAAGAGGAGGACUGGACGCCGUGGCAGCAAGUCCGUCCCUGGAGAGGUCAGCGAGGCCGAGGCGAACGGCGAGGCCUCUGCCGACGCCUCAAAGGAGGAUGGUGCUGCGCCCGCUUCCGGCGACGCGGCCAAGCCCAAGAAGAAGAAGAAGACUGUAAGUGCCCGCAUCGCGCAUACACGCACUGAAACCAAACUGCGGUCUUCGUUUCAGCGCAAGCCUAAGAGCAAGGCUUCCAGUGAGGCGCCUGCUAAUGGCGAGCCUGCUGAGGCUGCGGAGAAGAAGCCUAAGCAGCGCAAGCCUCGUACCCCUCGUCCCCCUCGCCCGGCUGGGGAGGAUCCCGCCGGCGAGCCGUCGAAGACCGUGCUAUUCGUGGCUAACCUCGGCUUCAACAUCGAUGAUGCCGGUCUUUCCGCGCUCUUCACCGAAGCAGGCAUUGAAGUGAAGUCCGCGCGGAUUGUGCGCCGCCGCUGGGGAAAGCCCCGCAAGAGCAAGGGCUAUGGUUUCGUCGACGUUGGCGACGAGGAGCAGCAGAAGAAGGCUAUCGAGGCUCUCCAGGGCAAGGAGGUCGGUGGCCGGGCCAUCGCGGUCAAGGUCGCGGUGAACCCCGUCAACGACGAGGCCGGGGAGGAGAGCGAGGCCAAGGCGGAGGAGAAAGUGGAGGCGGCGGCCGAGGAUGCCCCCGCUGCGGCCGCCUAA